AUGUCAUUUCUUCUAAUUUCUGGGUUUCGUUCUAAAGAGAAAAUGGAUGAGAGAUCGAUAGGUGCUGCUCAAACUGGUGAUGUAGAAGCUCCCUACAACUUAAUUCAACAAGACCCUUUUGUUCUUGAUAAGAUUGAUCAAGUCCCCUUUGUGGACACUCCUUUACAUGUUGCUAUAUCAGCCAACCAAACCCAUUUUGCGAACGAGAUUACAACCCUCAAACCAUCACUUGUAGUCAAGCUAAAUAGUAUGGUGAGGAGUAACCAAUUGGAAGCAUUUAAAUUGUUGUUUGAGUGGUUGCAAAAGCUUCAAGACAUCGAGGUUGGUGCCUCUGCCUUUCUGCUUGCACUGGAAAGUGCCAAAUUACAACGGUUAGGAAUGCAAUUAAAAUUGGCACGAUUGUUCGAUAAGAAGGAAGUAGAGAGGUUGUGGCGUUCUUUUGCUUGUAGUAAGAGGGAAGUGGAAGACUUUGAGAUAAUAAAGGAUGGACUCGAGAAAAUCAGGAGGGAAAAGGUGUUGAACUGGAAGGACAAAGAAGGCAACACUGCUCUACACCUUGCAACAUUCACUAAGCAAUAUGAGAUAAUUAAGAUAUUACUUAGCAAGAAUCCAGCACCCGGAACUCAGUUGGAUGUCAAUGCUGUAAAUGGAAAUAAUCAGACCGCCCUCGACAUCUUAUUCAAGCUUUGA